GUGUGCCGCUUUCUGCAGUGAACUGAAACCCAGUUGCAAUCCUGCAGAACCGACGGCGUGUUCCUUCGGCUUGAGAGUCCACAAGGAGUGUCUGUCCGCCGGUGUUUAGCAGUUCCCCUGCGGGAAUUUUGCAGUUUAAACAUGAGCCGGGAGUUCAAUGCAAUAUAAAAGUGUGGGUUGAAUUAAAUACCCACCCCUUGGCAGCCAUGGAUUGGUUGGAGGGGAACCAAUCAACAGAAGGGGGCGGGAACUUCAGCUCCGGCAACCAAUCCUGCGGCAACAGCGACGGCUUCAAAUACACGGUCUACUUAUCUGCCUACUCUGUGAUCUUUCCAGUGGGGCUGAUCACCAACUCGCUGGCCCUUUACGUAUUUCUCCGCCUGACUCCCAACAAAACGCCCAACACUGUCUUCACAAUCAACCUGGCCACCUCUGAUCUCUUCUUCGCCCUGACCCUCCCUUACCGGAUCAUCUAUUACUCCCGGGAGGGGAGCUGGGGCUUCCCAGAUUGGCUGUGCCGGGUUUGCACCUUCGCUUUCUACGUCAACCUCUACUCUAGCAUCCUCUUCCUCACAGCUCUCAGCGUCUCCCGUUACGUGGCGGUCCUGCAUCCUAUGAAGACUCGAACCCUGAUCACGGUCCGGAGAGCCCUGGCCACCUCCCUGGUCAUCUGGGCCCUGGUGAGCCUCUCCUCCACCCCGUUCCUCCUCUCCGGGACCCACCCCCGCGGAGGGAAGACCCGCUGCUUCGAGCCCAGGAACCUGGGCUCCUGGAAGAGGAUUCUGAUCAUGAACUACGUGGCGCUUGUCCUGGGGUUCCUCGCCCCUUUCCUCACCAUCCUGGGCUGCUACUGGCAGAUCAUUUGGCGGCUGACCCAGGCUGGGAAGAACCUGGGGCAGGACCGUCCCACCCCGCAGCACCAGCGCUCGAUCCACCUGAUCGCCUUCGUCCUGACGGCGUUCCUCUUCUGCUUCCUGCCCUAUCACGUGCAGAGGACGGUCCACCUGCAUACCAUGCAGCACCCGGGCAAGGACUGCGCUGGCCAGCUGCUGGCGCAGAAGAUCGUGGUGGUGACUGUCUGCCUGGCGGCGGCCAACAGCUGCCUCAACCCCCUGCUGUACUACUUCGUGGGCCGCGCAUUCCGCAGCUCGGUGUCCAGGGUCACCUACAGGAGGGGCGGCCUCCGAGGCAGGGGAGCGUCCCGGCAGUCGGCUUCCUCGUUCAGUCUGUUGUUCCGGAGAGGCAGCUUGAAGAAGGAACUUGAAGAAGGAACCGUUGUGAAAUGCAUAGUGCAUGACAUACAGUAAAAACAUGAUGUGCAAUACAUUACAUACAGAGGAAAGAGCAGAAUACAGGAUAGCAGCAGAA